AAGAAUAUGAACAACAUGUGGAUUAUGGAAUAGGACAUGGGUACAUAAUUUUGCCGCCGAAUUUCAUGAUUGGUAUCUUAAACCACUAGUUCGAUGCUUAAACCACUGUCCGUGGGUUAAAAAAAAGUUAAUUUUGGUUAAUAAUCUAUGACGUCUUUUUUCUAUUAAGAUAACUAAGGUACCUAUAUCUUAAUUCGUGAUCUAAGUUUAUAUUAAAUGUUAAUGUUAUUGAAUAUAAAUAGUAAAUAAUUUAAAAAAUAUAAACAGAUUGACCGGCCAAUAACUGCAGUUCAAUGCAUAAAAAGAAAAGAAAUCGGUGAAUUCUUUGAUUUUUGAUUUUGCCUUCGACAUAAUUUUGAUAUUUUGGGUAAGUAAUUAAUGCCUAAUUUUAUUAUAAAAUUGUAUUAUUUUAUUCUUAAAGUGUGUUCCGGAAUUAAAUGAUUCGUUCUUUAACAUUAAAUUAAUUUGUGUUCUAUGCAUCAUAAUUCAUAAACUAUUUGUCGGUGUGUCGUAUUGACAUUUUAAUAUUUAGCGCCCACCUAGUUUUCCAUUUAAAAAUGUGUUCAAGUACACAUUAUAUAAUUAUAAGUCAAUACAUAUACAAUAAUAAUAACACACACAUACAUCAAAAGAAUUUUCCAAAAUCAUAUUAUUCUUGUCAUCAAAUUUUAUAAUAUAACUUUAGAUAUCACUCAAGGGUUUAAAUACACUACCUAUAAUUUAUAAAUAUCAUUUGAGAUAUUCAAUUGUUUUUAAAAAUAGUGUCCUUUCUUUGUGGUGUUGACUAUUGAACAUUAAUCUUGCUCCUUUUAUCAGUCUUCAAUUAUUACAUUUUUAAACUUUGAAUUAUAAUAAAAAGGUAAUUUUAUUUUAUGGAAAUUCAUUGGAUAUAAGAAAAAUAAUAUUAGAUUGUUGCUAUUUGUUUUUAAAUUUGUAUCCAAAUUAAAUUAAUCAGUUUUUAGUCACAAUUCAAAACAAUUAGAUACUUUUUGUGUUCCAUUUGAGAAUUUAAAACAAUUAAGGUAUGAUUGCUAUAAAUUGAUAUAGUUACUUACUUAAGAAUUUAGUACCUAUAUAUAAGUAUAUCUAAUAGGUAUUCGUUAUUUUUAAUAAUAUUGAUCUAUUUUCAUAUAUUGGUGUUUUUAUAUAUAAAUAUAAACAAUAGUCUCCUAUUAUUAUAAGUAGUAAGCUUUUAGCGAACAUUUUUCUCUAAUUAUUUUAAUUAUCUACAUACUAUUUUAUAUUCAUCAUUAGCAAGCGAAGAAAAUAUUUUGGGGGUAAAGGAGGUUUAAAGUUGUAUACUAUCAUACUUGUAUAAUAAAGAAGUUUACAUAUUUUCAAUUGUAGGACUAUUUAUUUUUAAUUCAAAAGUGUCAAUAUUUUAUAACAUUCACUUUUAGCCUUUUAGGUACCUAUUACUAGAUUUUACAUUUAAUAUUUUUUUAGUGAUUUUAGCAUAAAUGAUAACGUAAUUCAUACUGUAGUAUAAAAUUAAAAUAUAACCAAAAUUGUAUUUAUCUUCCUCAUUGACAGAAAUCACUUUUAAGACUUAAAAAUCUACUUUCAUCAUAAUUUACAUGAAAUUUUGGAGGGGUUGAACUUCUACAUUUCCCCUUCUUGUAACUCCCCUGAUCAUUUAAAUAAUUUAAAACAAUUAAAUUACUAUGUUUAUUUAUGGUUUUUAUUAUUUAGGUACUCAUACAGUGUAGGAUCAUUCUACUAUCAGUUGAAUACUCAUGACAAGAAUGGCUUACAACGAUAAACAUAAACAAUUUUUACAUUAUUUCAUGCAUGAAAGAAUGGUAGCUCAAAAAGAUGCUCAAAAUAUAAACAACAUUUUGUUUCCAAAUACGGAUCUUAGCAACACUAUUAGUUUUAUAAACAGUAAAAUUGCUCCCCUUGAAUUCAAAAUCAACAAAGUUGUAUGUGAACAAAAUGGAGACAAUAUGUAUGUAUUUAUUGCUACGUUUGUUGAAGACUUCAAUGCUAAACAAGAUCCAACAAAAGUAAUUUUUAGCGAGCUUGUUAAAUCUAUUAUUGAUGCCGAUGGAUCUAUACAGUAUGAUGAAUUAAUGUUGAAGUUCAAUAACCAAUUAUUAACAGAUAAUAUGAUUGAUAACUUUUUUACCAACAAAUAUUUAAUUACUGAUGAAAACAAAAGUAUCUUCCUGUCUCCUUUAGCCAUUAGUGAACUAGAAGGAUAUUUAGCUGAAAACUAUCAAAACAAAAGAUGUACAAGUUGUAUGGGCUUUGUUGGACAUGGAUUAAAAUGUCAUUCAUGUGAACAAUUUGCACAUGGGCAUUGUCUAACAGCAUAUUUCAAAAGGUUAGGUAAUAAUAAGUGUCCAAAGUGUUCUAAAAAUAUACAUGUUGAUUGGGAACCUAUAACUAUCUUUAAUGAAUUACAAUGAAAAAUGUAAAAUUAAUAUAAAUUUUGAUAACAUAUUCAGUGUAAUUUUUUUUCAAAUUUUAUAACUACAUACCUUAAAAACUUAUUCUUGUUUAAUGAUUAAAUUUUAACUAUUUAUUACAUAAUAUGUAUAUGUUUUUUUAUUAAUUUAUCUUUUUUUUUUUAUUUUAUGACAACCAUGUGUUAGAUUGACAUAAAAGAUGAGCAGUUAAAACACUUAGCUUGCUGUCUGAACUUUUUACCACAGUUAACUACUAAUUACUUUAUGACAUUGUACAAAUUUAGUAUAUAUUUUCUUUGUUACAACCUCAAAUUUUAAAAAUAUUUUAUGGAUGAAAAAUGGGUAAGAAAAACCAUAAAGUCUUAUUAGGUUAAGUAAAUAAAUUACAAAAUAAAAUUCUGUGUAUUACCUGUCAUAAAAAUACUUGCUGGUGACAGGAUGAGUAUAUUGCCAGUUUUAUUCAACUACAAAAAUCUUUGAAAAAAGUAAUCUUACAAUCUAGUAAAGAUUAUCUUUAAUGCUUUUGUUAACACCUUAUAUUUUUAAUAAUUUAAAGGAUUCCAAGUAUGAAAAUUAAUAAAU